AUGCUGACCUUAUCUGGUUCCACUCUACCACCAAAGUCUCGCAGAUCAUCUGGAGUCGCUGACCUGCAGGGGCAUUUCAAGGAUGCGACCGUUGCCGCUCUCGCCAUAUUCAUUGUGACAAAGAAGUACAAAUGGGUGGUGGGGCCCUCCGUGAGGAAGAGGAAGAAGUUUACCGAGGCUGGCAGUGUGACUUGCGGUUUACACAGCGAAGCUAUAGACAUAUGGGAUGCUGGAAAUAUACCAGAUGGCAGCCCGGCGCCUGGUGAAGACCAAGAAAACACUGCCAAUAUCCAUCCCUUGGCACUGACACACUCCUUCCUAUCUCGAAGUUCAAUACCGAGCUUCGAUCUGGAGUCUUCUGAGUACCGUCGCCAGAACUACUAUCUCGACCAUUAUUUCAAUCACAUAGCGAACUACAUCUCUAUCGCGGAAGGCGCAGACAACCCGUUAGGUGAACAACUAAGGCAACACUUUACUCGCAGCAAUGCGCUCACCAAUAUCGUUGUUGCCAUAGCGGCAAUGCAUAUGGCCAACAGAAAUAGUGACAAGUGUGCGGAGUCUUCCGCGUGGCAUUACCGGACGCAGGCGCUCGGGAUGCUGCAAAAGGAUAUUCAAUGGCAGUCUAACUCUAUUGAGGUCCUCACCUCCGUCCUCUUACUGGGAGCGACAGAGUCCUGGUUUGACACAAAAAACUCUUGCUCAAUGCACCUAGACGCCGCCCGGCAGCUUAUCCUCCACAAUAUCAGCUCCGGACUAUAUAUCCCACCGUUCUUCGCGCACUGGCUCUGCUGGAUCGAAACGCUCGCCAGCUUCGUCUCUGAUGACGAGGGGCUCGUGUUCUCCUCCCCGCUUACAUACACCUCUCUCACAGCAUACGCAACGCCAAUGCGAGGGAACGACAGCAAUGCCGUCAUUGACCCCUUCCUCGGGACCUGGACAACGCUGAUGCCGCUCGUAGGCCGCGUGGGUGGAAUUGUGAGGCGCCUCCGCCGUAACAAAGACCAACUUCUAGAGUCAGACGAUUUCUCAAAUUUAAUUCACACUGCGGAAACCGACCUCCUGGAGUGGGAACACCCACAACCACAACCGUCACUAGGCGCUGCUAAACUACGACACUUUUAUAGCAUUGCGGAAGCUUAUAGGCUCUCUGCGCUAUUGAUACUGUACAACUACAGCCGCGACCUGUUGUACAAGCGCGUAGGGCUGAUAGAUGAGGUUGUAACAGCGUCUGAAUUUUUGUCACAGCUUGCCUACUCCGCGAUUGUGCUGCUAAGGCAAAUCCCCGUGGAUAGUCGGUUAUGGAAUGUCUGUGCCAUCCCAAUUCUAUCCGCAGGACAACUCAUUCCUGAAUCUCCCGACAGGGAUUUUCUCCGCUCUGUCAUGAACACGCUUGCACACAAAACGCAGCAGGCAGCCGUGGCGGAGGUAGGUAAAUUGUUGGAGGACGUGUGGCGCCGGAGGGACGCGGGAAAUGAGGUUUGGUGGAUGGACCUGUUGGAGGAGACGGGCCAUCCAAUGUUGGUGAAUUAA